AUGUCUGUGGUACCGCCUAAUCGCUCGCAGACAGGUUGGCCGCGGGGCGUCAACCAGUUCGGCAACAAGUGCAUCCAGCAGACCAAGGCCCUCACCCUGGGGCGCACAACCAACCUGCCUCUUUCUUCCGCGUCCGCCCGCUCCAAGGGCAGAGAGCCCCGCUUGACAGUUUCCUUUAAAGAAAAGAAGGCUUGUUCCCUUCCCUUCCCGCCCCCCCCCCCCCGCCCCCGCCCGCAUUCUGUCGUGAGGAGUAAAACUGAUGUUGCCCUGGAGCUCAUCCUUCCCCUUCCUCUUCGGAGGUAUCCUCUUACCAAUUACACUUUUGGCACAAAAGAACCACUCUAUGAGAAAGACAGCUCUGUUGCAGCCAGAGUUCAGCGCAUGAGGGAGGAAUUUGAUAAAAUUGGCAUGAGGAGGACUGUAGAAGGGGUUCUGAUUGUACAUGAACAUCGGCUACCCCAUGUGUUACUGCUACAGCUGGGAACAACUUUCUUCAAAUUACCUGGUGGUGAACUUAAUCCAGGAGAAGAUGAAGUUGAAGGACUAAAGCGCUUAAUGACAGAGAUACUAGGUCGUCAAGAUGGAGUCCUGCAAGACUGGGUCAUAGAUGACUGCAUUGGUAACUGGUGGAGACCAAACUUUGAACCUCCUCAGUAUCCAUAUAUUCCGGCACAUAUUACAAAGCCUAAAGAACAUAAGUUGUUUCUCGUUCAGCUUCAAGAAAAAGGUUUGUUUGCAGUCCCUAAAAAUUACAAGCUGGUAGCCGCACCACUUUUUGAAUUAUAUGACAAUGCACCAGGAUAUGGACCCAUCAUUUCUAGUCUCCCUCAGCUGCUAAGCAGGUUCAAUUUUAUAUACAACUGAAUUCCAGUGCAGAGAAGUACAAGAAGCCAGCUCUGUGAGCACAGCUGUAUACAGCGUCAAAUGUGGAAAGGUUUUUGGUUUCCUCUUCCCAUUCCCUAAACUGCCACCUCCCUCUGUUGUUUGAAUAGUAGACUUAAUACGAAGAACUAGAUUGUGCUGUAAACAAAUGUGAUAAUGUUUAUUAACUUUUGGUUUUACCCAUACCUUUUUUUGUACAACAUUAAAGAAAGUGAACUUUCAAAAA